AACCGAAGAAGAAAGAAGGAAAAAUGGGCAAAGCCACAACAGAAGCUGCAGCCGCCGCAGCAACAGUAGACGCCGCCGGAGAAGACAAAAUGAAGAGGAAAAAGAAGAAAGGGCGGCCCUCUCUCUCGGAUCUCCGGAACAGGCACGAUCCGAAGCCCGUUUCCACCCGCCGAUCGGCCCGCCGGAACCCUAAUUUGCGUUCCUCAUCUCCCCCGCCGGACUCCGACGAGGAUGAGGACGAAAGGAAGGAGAAGAAAGUGAAGCUCGUCGGCCGCUUGCCCCACUCCAGGAACCAGCCACAGCAUUUCGAGAAUUCGCCCCUGAAUUCGGAUUCCGGUUCGGACCCCGACCCGGACGACGCGACCCGAGAGGAGCCCGCUAAGAAUCUCAAGGUCGAAGCCGGGGACUGCAGAUCUGUACUUGCUGUCCCUGAUCAGGCAGAAAAGACUUUGAAAGCGAUGGACUCUCAACAUGGAUCACCAUUGGCCUCCGGCCCCACAAAACCUUUGCCAGACAAAAAGUUGUUGGUGUUCAUUCUUGACAGACUUCAAAAGAAGGACACUUACGGUGUGUUCUCUGAACCUGUGGAUCCAAACGAGCUACCUGAUUAUCAUGAGAUUAUAGAGCACCCCAUGGAUUUUGGGACUGUUAGAAAGAAGCUUGAUGGGCGACUUUAUUUGACCCUCGAGGAAUUAGAGGCUGAUGUGCUCUUGAUAUGUUCAAAUGCGAUGCAGUAUAAUGCACCAGACACUAUUUACUUCCGGCAGGCACGGUCUAUUCAAGAACUGGCAAAAAGAGACUUCGAAAAUUUGAGACAUCAGGGUGAGGAUGGUGAGCCUAAGGUUGUUCGUAGGGGUAGGCCCCCAAAUACUAAAAACACAAAAAAGUGUUCUGAGACGUCUCCCGUUGGCCGUGUGGGUCCCGAACAUUCAUCUGGGGCCACACUUGCCACCAUGGAUGAUAAUAAACCUGCUGGAUCUAACUCUUACAAUUUGAGAAAGGGACAGCCGGUUUACAGGUAUCGGUCUAAUGACUUGUCUUCGUAUCGACCACGAAAUGGCGAGAGUUAUGCAGAGCGGUCUACUGAUUGGAAUGAGGAGUUCCCAGCUUCCAUUUUGAGGGCUGAUAUGAAGUAUGGAAGCAAACACUUUGCAGUUGAUGAUAACAGGCGUGACACUUAUAAGCAAUCCAAUUCCUCAGCUUGUGGAAACGAACUAUCAUUAUUUGACAAUGCAUAUGGAAAUGUCAAGUGGCUAAUGGCUGUAGGGCUUCAGUUGGAACAGCAUGCUUAUGCAAGAAGCCUUGCUAGAUUUGCCGCAAAUGUGGGGCCCGUCGCCUGGAAUAUAGCUUCAAAGAAACUGCAGCACGUUCUCCCUCCCGGGGUCGAGUUUGGUCCCGGGUGGGUGGGUGAAGGCGGCGCUGCUCAGCCACACCCAUCGCACCUUUCAGCCGAGACUCAGAAUUCGCCAAACAGACCUCUAACACCGCCUUUCCCGGGCACAUCCUCCGAGGCCAUGAUCGAGGCGGUCAGAAGACUGAACUGUCUGAAUGAGAUGGCGGAGCAGCGCGGUGGGGCCCGCCCAAAGCCCGUGUUCCACCCGAACCGGAAUGGUAUGAAUGGCAUGUUCGGGUACGACCUUAACGUCCGAGUUCAGCCAGCGGGCCCCGGGUCGCCGAGUACUAGUAGUAUCCAAAUUGGUUCCCCAAAGCAGCCAGACUUGGCUUUACAACUAUAAUACAGAAACUAGGGACUUAAUAAUUAUGAUGCUAAGGUAGGUGAGUAGUGUAACAUGAAGCUGUAGUUACUUGGGAAAUCUUGUACAGAUUGCUAU